AUGGAAACAAUAAGCAAAUUAAAGAUAAAUAUAAUUUAACUAGAAAGAAGAUAAGUAUUCCAAAUAUAACCAAAGGAUUUUAGUCAUAUAGUGAUACUAAUUCAUGUAAAGCAUUAUCUUCACAAUAAUCACCAAGAAGCUUAUUUAAUGGUCAAGCUUCAACUGAAAGAGAUCAUUUACACAGACCUCAAAGACAAAGUUCAUAAAAGUAAAGCUUUUUUGAGCAAGGUUGUUCUUCUCUUCGCUCUCCUAAAAUUAGAAGUCCUGAAUAAAAUUAUAUUCAAUAAAGAAAAAGAAUAACUUGUUUUAAUGAAAAUAAAUUCAAGUAUUAAAAUGAGUUAGAUUACAUGCUAGAUUAAGAUUAAUAAAAAGAAAUAUUUGGUUUAGAGGAAGAUGAUAGAGAAAAGUAAUUAUAAAAAUAUAAAGCAAUGUAUUUUCAAAAAAAGAUGUUGUAGUAAAAAAUAAGAAACGUUAAAGUAGUGGAUUCCUGGAAAUUAGAUGGAUCCAUUCAUUACAAUGGAAAUCAAAGCCCUCCUAAUCAAAGCGAUGUCAAAGACGAUGACACUCUUGUUUCUUUUACAGAAAUAAAGCUGGAUAAACUCUAUACAAAAACACUCAAUAUACAAACUUAGCAAAGAUUCCUCGAAAGAUUGUAAGAUUAUAAUUCGAACAUACUAAAAAGAUUCCAAAAAGAAAUUUACAUAAAAUCAACUGAAAAAAAUUUCAAUAGUCUAAAAAAAUAUAAAAACGAAAUGCUUUAGGCUACAAAUAUCAAACUAAAACAGGGAGCAAAAAAUUCAUUACAUAUUUGAAGUUAUUUAAUAUCAUAAAUUAGUUAAUAUUUUUUUUAUUUUGGUAAAUUGCUUUGAAGAUAAGUGA